AUGCAAAGUAUCCGAACGUUUUUCUUUUUCAUCCAGAUAGCUUAUGUGUCCAGCGUGAUCUUACGAGUGAACGAAAAUGGCUUGGGAGAAGCUGCAAAUUUCACAAGACAGUGGCUUGCUAUGGCCGGUCCUCAUAUGAGAAUACCUGAGAUUAGACAAGAUUAUGAUACAAGUUUCUCUUCUGGGGAAGUACGAGUAUUCAAUAUUUCAAUUAACAAGUUUGUUCCGCCACUGUUAAGGUUUCGACCUUCUGACCAUUCUUUUCUCUAUAUGAGUACACUAAGUGGCUAUGCUCAAGUGUCCGCUGAAUGGACUGUUCAGUCCAGCUUUUUGAGCGUUUUCGACUUUCCCAUACAAGGGCAAAUCUCUGCCCAAAUGACAGGAUUAAUAUCAGAGAUUGCUAUGCAAAUCACAUCAGAACAUGAGGUAGAAGUACACCACUGCAAUGCUCAAAUCAGAGAUUUACGUCUGAAUAUUGACGGUGGAAUAGCUGCUGAAUUACUUCAAUUUUUCCGCACCAGUGUGACACGUGCAAUCCGACGACGAUUGGAAGAAGAGUAUUGCCAUAUUAUGGAAAAUUAUUGGUUACCAUGGGUAGAAGGACAGCUGAGUAACUUCCCCACAAACUUGACUAUAAGUCAAGAACCUCCUGUUAUUUUGGUUCAAUCUCUUCAUUCAAUAGCUAUGACUCAGGAUAGCAUCGAUUUCCGAAUGCGUAGUGAUCUAUCUUGGAAUAAUCAGUUUGUAGAGAGUGCUCCGCUAGAAAAUAUCUCCACUUCUGAUAUCGGUGCUUUUGGAAGAUCUUCUCGAAUGAUUGAUAUGUUUGUUGAUGAGCCGACAGUCCAAAGUAUUUUGACAGCGGCUCAUUUCGCUGGUCAUUUAAGAACUGUGUUGGACACUCCGUUCUUGAGAACUGAUUGCGAAGUACUAUGUGUAGGAACUGUCUUACCUGAACUGGCUGAGGUGUUACCGAAUAGCACAAUGAAAGUUGAAGCAUCUACAUUGUCCCCACCAGUUAUUAUGUUACAAGAUGGAAAGAGUGUCGUUUUCUUGAACGCUUCUCUAGAGGUUUAUCCUGACCCAGUGAUUGAGAAAGUGAAUGGAAGCAUAUUAACUAUUCAUAUGGAAACAGAAUUCAUUUUAACGAUGGAAAUGAAGAAUAGGAAAGUGAAAGGCUUUAUCAACAUGGUGAAUGCUAAUGCAGUGCUCAUCGAUAGUAAGAUUGGUUUGAUGUCUCAGAAGACAAUCAACUUCUUGGUGAAUAUGUCCACACCUUUCCUCGAAGAUGCCGUCGAUUUGCUGAUAGGAAGGGGUGUUUUUGUGAAAGAUCCUUUCCAAUUCCCUUCAACUAAUGAACAGUUAAGCUUCAAGGAAGGUUUCAUCCGGUGGGAAGCUGAUUUGGCCAUUCCAAAUAUUAUGCGUCAUACCUGGGUGAUGUAA